UCAAUUUAGUUGAUGAGGUUGCUCUUAUUGCCUUGAAAGCCCAUAUCACAUAUGAUUCCCAAGGCAUUUUGGCAACAAAUUGGUCUACCAAAAGCUCCUAUUGUAGUUGGUAUGGUAUUUCUUGCAACGCUCCUCAACAAAGAGUUUCUGCAAUCAAUCUCUCUAACAUGGGUCUCCAAGGAACUAUUGUGCCACAAGUCGGCAACCUCUCUUUUCUUGUUUCCCUUGAUCUCAGUAAUAACUACUUCCAUGCGUCUCUUCCCAAGGAUAUUGGUAAGUGCAAAGAGCUUCAACAACUGAAUUUAUUUAAUAAUAAAUUGGUUGGAAGCAUUCCAGAAGCCAUUUGUAAUUUAUCAAAACUUGAAGAGCUAUAUCUUGGCAAUAAUCAGUUGAUCGGUGAAAUUCCAAAGACGUUCAGUCAUCUUCGUAAUCUGAAGAUAUUGUCAUUGCGAAUGAACAACUUAACAGGUUCCAUACCUGCCACCAUUUUCAACAUAUCUUCUUUGCUCAAGAUUAGUCUCUCCUACAAUAGCCUCUCUGGAAGUCUUCCCAUGGAUAUGUGCAACACUAAUCCAAAGCUCAAGGAGCUUAAUCUUACGUCAAAUCACUUGAGUGGAAAGAUCCCCACCGGUUUAGGCCAAUGUACAAAGCUUCAAGGAAUUUCCUUAUCAUAUAAUGAAUUCACAGGGAGCAUACCAAGAGCAAUUGGUAAUUUGGUGGAGCUUCAGAGAUUGUCUCUCCGCAAUAACAGCUUGACAGGAGAAAUACCUCAAUCACUGUUCAACAUCUCUUCAUUGAGGUUUUUGCGUCUGGGAGAAAAUAACCUAGUAGGUAUCCUCCCUACAGGCAUGGGUUAUGAUCUUCCCAAGCUUGAAAUCAUUGAUCUCUCAACCAAUCAAUUCAAAGGUGAAAUCCCCUCCAGCUUGUCGCAUUGUCGACAGCUCCGAGGGCUAUCAUUAUCACUCAAUCAGUUCACCGGAGGCAUACCACAAGCCAUAGGGAGCUUAUCGAAUCUUGAAGAAGUAUAUCUUGCUUAUAACAAUUUGGCAGGUGGAAUUCCUAGAGAGAUUGGGAAUCUUUCAAAUUUAAAUAGUUUGCAGCUUGGGUCUAGUGGAAUAAGUGGCCCUAUUCCUCCUGAAAUUUUCAAUAUCUCUUCUUUGCAAAUGAUUGAUUUGACUGAUAAUAGCCUUCAUGGGAGUCUUCCAAUGGAUAUCUGCAAACAUCUUCAUAAUCUUCAAGGGCUUUAUCUUUCUUUCAAUCAGCUCAGUGGUCAACUUCCUACAACUCUCUCCUUAUGUGGACAAUUGCUGUCACUGUCUUUAUGGGGGAAUAGGUUCACAGGUAACAUUCCACAUUCAUUUGGUAAUUUAACCGUCUUACAGGAUCUUGAAUUGGGGGAAAACAAUAUUCAAGGUAACAUCCCCAAUGAGUUGGGGAAUCUCAUCAACUUACAGAAUUUGAAACUUAGCGUAAACAAUCUAACAGGGAUAAUACCAGAAGCUAUUUUUAACAUCUCAAAACUGCAGACCCUUUCGUUGGCACAAAAUCACUUUUCAGGCAGUCUCCCAUCAAGUAUUGGCACUCAGCUCCCCGAUCUUGAAGGGCUUGCUAUAGGAGGCAAUGAAUUCAGUGGAAUAAUUCCAAUGUCUAUUUCAAAUAUGUCAGAACUUACGGUGCUGGACAUAUGGGACAAUUUCUUCACUGGUGAUGUGCCAAAAGAUCUAGGUAGCUUGAGAAGGCUUGAAUUUCUCAACCUUGGAUUCAAUCAAUUGACCGAUGAACACUCUGCCUCUGAGGUUGGUUUUCUUACUUCUCUGACAAAUUGUAAAUUUUUGAGAAGAUUGUGGAUAGAAGAUAAUCCUUUAAAAGGUAUUCUUCCAAAUUCAUUAGGGAAUCUUUCCAUUUCUCUUGAAAGUUUUGAUGCAUCAGCCUGCCAAUUCAAAGGAGCCAUCCCCACAGGAAUUGGUAAUUUGAUCAACUUGAUUGAUUUGAGACUCAAUGAUAAUGACUUGACAGGGUUGAUUCCAAUAUCAUUUGGACACCUACAGAAGCUGCAGUGGUUCGCUAUCUCUGGAAAUCGAAUACACGGAUCCAUUCCUAGUGUUCUGUGCCAUUUGACAAACUUGGGAUACUUGGAUUUGAGUUCAAAUAAACUUUUCGGAACAAUCCCAAGCUGCUUUGGGAAUCUUACUUCACUACGAAGCAUCGAUCUUCACUCCAAUGGACUAGCUUCUGAGAUACCUUCAUCUCUGUGGACCCUUAGAGAUCUCUUGGUUCUUAACUUGUCUUCAAACUUCCUCAACUGCCAACUACCCUAG